GCAGUGAAGAAGAGAAGAUUGAAGAAGGAAGGAGAGGAUGGAGAUAUCUUCCAUUAUCGAUAUUUUCUCUGCUGGUAGCUCAAUUCGGCACCUCGAAUGACCUAUUGAUUUCUCGUUCGAUCAUUUUUGUGUGCUUUUCAUUAAGUCGGCGAUUUAAAGCCUGUUUCUUUGAGAAUUUGUUCUGUUGCGGGAGUUCGAUUCAGGAUCUUUAUUUGAUUGCAAACUAAGAGAUGCGGCGAACAAAAAAUCGAAGUGAAGACAACAUACCUUCAAAUGAUGAGAUAUUAUCACCGUUGGUAGAUGAAGAUAGCGGAGGGAAUGUUAGCGGUGGCUGUCUUAAGAAAGGACCAUGGACAUCUAAUGAAGAUGAGAUUUUGAUAGAAUAUGUAAAAAAACAUGGGGAGGGGAAUUGGAAUGCUGUUCAGAAGCAUUCUGGACUUUCUCGUUGUGGGAAAAGCUGUCGCUUGCGAUGGGCCAAUCAUCUCAGACCAAACUUGAAAAAAGGGGCGUUUACUGCAGAAGAAGAGCAUACAAUAAUUCAUCUGCACGCAAAAAUGGGAAACAAAUGGGCACGCAUGGCAGCCCAUUUACCUGGACGCACAGACAAUGAAAUUAAGAAUUACUGGAAUACUCGAAUUAAGAGGCGGCAGCGGGCUGGUCUACCUCUGUAUCCCCCUGAAGUGAGUUUGCGCGCAUGGCAGCAUCGUCAUAACCAAGACACAGGUGGUAGUAAUAUUGUAGGUAAAGAUCAUCAUGAUCUUCUUCAGGCUAAUAGUUAUGAUGCAAUACCGGAUGUCAAAUUUCAAGGCAAGCCUCAUAAUGCCUUAUCUUAUAUGCCCCAGCUUCCAGAAAUUUCAAGUUGUAUGCUGAAAAGAGGUCUUGAUUCUUCUCAAUAUGGUAAUUUCAUGCCAUCUACAAUGCAUCGUCAAAAGCGUUACCGGGAAUCAGCACCCUUAUUCUCUGGUCCUGAUGGUAGUGUUAAAACCCCUUUCCACCAGUUUGAGGAUAAUUCCUAUGAUCAAGUUGCUCAAUCAUAUGGGUCACCUUUUCCUCUUGAUCCUAACGCUGCCACUAAGAAUGCCAUGUCUUUUGGCUCGUUUGAGGGUAGCCAUUCCCUUACAAAUGGCAAUUCCUCUGCUUCUCAGCACUCGAAAGAGACAGAGAAGUUGGAGCUCCCUUCACUCCAAUAUCCAGAAACUGAUUUAUGCAGUUGGGAGACACCCAUCCAACCGGCAAUGUUUGAAUCAGUUGAUCCGUUUAUUCAAUCUCCACCAACUUUUAUGUUGGGAUCAGAUUGCCUUUCACCACGCAAUAGUGGCUUACUAGAAGCUUUAAUAUAUGAAUCUAAGACGAUUGGUUGUCCAAAGAAUCAUCCAUCUGAUAAGAAUUCAAAUUCAUGCAGUAUUACUCCAGGUGAUGUAACUGAUAGUUAUAAUAUGACAGCGGGUAAGACAGAAAUUGAUGACUAUACUGAGGCUGUUUCUCCAUUUGGUCACUCUACCUCAACACUUUUCAGUGAGUGUACACCGAUCAGUGCAACCGGAAGUUCAUAUGAAGAUCCUGCUCUUACUGAGGCCUUUUCUGGAAGUAAUGUGAAAUCAGAACCACUGGAUCAUGUGUGGACCCCUGAUAGAGAAAAAGAAGCGAAAAACGGGGUCGAAUUCACACGUCCAGAUGCGUUGCUUGCCUCAGAUUGGCAGGGCCAGAGUUCAGGAAUUGAAAAGGAGACAACCAGUAUGAAUGAUGCACUCACUUUGCUCCUAGGCGAUGAUUUGGCUGCUGACUACAAGCACUUACCAUCUGGGAUUUCGACUACGCAUUCGGGAUGGGGCCUUGAUUCUUGUUCAUGGAAUAACAUGCCCCCAGUGUGUCAAAUGUCUGAUAUUCCUUGAUCUCUCAGCAGUUCUUACUAAAUGAAUGAUCUAAAAACAAAACUGUCUCUUUGGUUUAUAAGUUGACGACUUGUCAGAGGAAGACGGUUUCUGUCGUUACCUCGUCGACCAAGGGAAGGUUAGUUGUGGCCUUUUCUUUGGAGGAUUUUGAUUCCCUGUUUGUUCAGCAGAAAAAAAAGAAACCAUUGUAUGUGGAACUGUUUAGGUUUGUAAUGCACAAUGCUGCAGUGCUUUCAUAAGAUGGACUGUGUAAUAACUUUGAACUUUGUCAUGGAACAUUGGGAUUCAAUGGUGUCUGUUGCUUCUUCAAA